AUGUUCCGCUUCAGCAAAACCCUCGACCCAAUAACCCUCUUCCACUCCCCCACCCUCGCCCCCUCAAUCCGAGCCCUCAACAUCCUAAAAACCGCCUCAAUCGCCGCCUCCGAAACCGCCACCGAAGACCAAGCCUCCGACCACAGCGCGCACGCCGCCCAACAGCGCGGCGAGUUCGAGCUCGAGGUUACCACCGCGCCGCCGACGGCGGACCAGUUGCACAGUAUCCUGGAGUAUAUUAGUCCUGUUAGUGAGACAAGCGGAGCGGGGGGCAAGGCGAAGGCGAUUUAUGGGGUUGGGGAGUUGGUGAAAGGUGCUAGGGAUGCGGAGGAUGCGAUUAAGAAGUUCAAGGAGGAUGGGGGGCGGUUUGUUAGGCCUGUGACUGUGGACUGGGUUAAUGGCCGUGCUGUUAUUGGGGACAAUGAGUCUGAGAUUCUGAAGAUGGUGCGCCAGCUUCCCGAGAACUAA